UAUAGUUUUUCUGCUUUUGUUUGUUAAUAGAAUCUAAUAUAGCCUUUGAAUUUAUCUUUACUUUAUUUAUAUAAAAUAGUUAAAGUAAUUCAAGCAUUAUUUCCUCCGCCCAAAGGUAUUGAAUGCCAACCGCAUGUUAGUAAAUUAAGAAACAGUUCGUCAUCAAAAUUAUUCGUACUAAAUAAUAUGAAUUUAGGUAAAGCCAAUGGAAUGGGGAAGUCAUACAAUAACAAAAUAUGAGUUUUCUUGUAUUUUUAGUACAAAUAAUUGAGAUAGAAAUGCAUAUUAUAUUUUCAAAGCUAGAAUUAAAAACUUGAUCACUGAAUAUUGUUUGACUUUGUGUCAGAGAUUUCAAUCCAAUAUGGCGCCCCCAUGAAUGGCAAAAUGACAUUGAAAAAUUUUCUGAUGGGUACAAGAGGGUGUUCAUGGUGAUGGAAAAUGGGAAGCAAGACUGUGUAGCUUUAGAGGAACCACUUGUUCAGCAAAUUUCAAAUGGAGAUCAAGAGCUGGCUUUGAAAAUCAUGAAGGCCUACAAUGAAAACGCACGACCUGCUGGAGAGAGUUUGGUUGUGUCAAUUAUUGUGCCAGAAGUAGGGCCACUACCAGCCAGUAGUCCCACUCCCACACUCUCAGCUACAGUCUGUGACACCAGCAGUGAAGAAAGCCAAUGUAAAAGCAACCAGAGUCAAGUCCAUCAGUGGAAAGAAAGUGAGGAAAGGUUACUAAUAGAUAAAAGAGCAUCACUUGAUGACAAAUUCAACCAAACCAAGUCUCAUAAUGUUCUUUGGAACCAGAUUCAGACAGAAAUGGAAAAGGAAGGAGUGCAGGUUUCUGCACAGCAAAUAAAGGAUAAAUGGAAAAACUUAAAACGAAAGUACAUGGAAAUUGUAGAUUUAAAUGGUAAAACUGGAAAUUGUAGAAACACCUGUAAAUAUUUUGACAUUUUCAGUCAAUUGUAUGGCACUAAAGCUUCAACAAAACCCAGUUUUGUGCUCGACACAUCAAACACAGAGAGUGCAGCUUCAGAAGUGAAUGUUGAAAAUGAGGUGCAGUUGUCAGGGUGCUACUUGGAUACACUUCCAAAUGACAUUUUAUUGCACAUUCUUGUAUUUUUGAAUGUGACAGACUUGAUAAGGUUGCAGUUUGUAAGCAAACGAUUUUAUCAUCUGUGUGUAACAAAGUAUAUCUGGCAAUUUUUCACAAAUAUUUCACUAAAUUUAAGUAGCAGGUUAAGAAAUGCUGAAAGAUAUCUUCAGCUUGCUACCAAUUUACAAGCUCUGUACUUGCAAGGUGCAUUAUGUAGUAGUUUGGUCUUCAUUUCUAGGUUGACAAAACUUAAAAUUUUAGUCAUUCAUGGCUAUUACACUAGAUUUGAUGGUUUUGAUUUGUUAAAAGUUUUAUAUCACACAAAUCUUAUAGGACUUGACAUUAGUGGAUUCAAGGUAAAUUUAGUCUGUUUGUUUGAAAUAAGCAGGAAACUGCCACAACUACAAGCUUUACGGGCAGUUGACUUAGGCCAGUCUGUUGAACCAUACAUACUGGAAGCAGUUUUACUAAACUGCUCUUUACUUAAGUCUGUAGAUCUGGAACCAUGUGGUAGUUCUCUUAUGUGGGCAGAUAUUGUAGACAGAUACAGUGACAUUAACUUUAGUCAUUUAAUACUGGACUAUAUCCCCGCGCUCUACCUUAAGUUUGCAAGAUGCUUUUAUGUUUUUCCUAGAGUUGGUGCUCCAGAUCUUAAGUGGAAAUAACUGAGAAGCAUCUAAGAAAUGGGAUACGUUGCUGACAUAUAGGCCUGUUUUUAAUACCUGAAAUGUAUUUUUUGUGUCAUUCCAUUUUGGUGAUUCCAAUAAAAGAUAAAUGCGACUGUAAACCAGAUGUUGGAAGUCUGUUUGAUAUUUGUUUCGUUUUUAUUUUUUUGUAUAAAAUGUUUUUGCUGUGAUUAAAUUUAGAAUAUACUUUUGUUAGCUCACCUGUCACAAAGUGACAGGGUGAGCUUUUGUGAUCGCUUUUCGUCCGGCGUCCGUCCGGCGUCCGUCCGUUAACUUUUGCUUUAAAUGACAUCUCCUCAUAAACCACUGAGCCAAUUUCAUCCAAACUUCACAGGAAUGUUUCUUUGGUGGUCACCUUUAAAAAUUGUUCAAAGAAUUUAAUUCCUUGCAGAACUCUGGUUGCCAUGGCAACCGAAAGAAAAAUUUUAAAUAUCUUCUUUUAAACAACCCUAAGAGCUAGAGCUUAGAUAUUUGGCAUGAAACAUCUUCUAGUGAGUGUCUACCAAGUUUGUUCAAAUAAAAGCCCUGGGGUCAAAAUUGGCCCCGCCCCAGGGGGUCAUUGAUUUUCCCUAUAUGCAUAUAGUAAAAACUUAAAAAAUCUUCUUUUAAAGAACCCAAAGAGCUAGAGCUUAGAUAUUUGGCAUGAAACAUCUUCUAGUGAGUGUCUACCAAGUUUGUUCAAAUAAAAGUCCUGGGGUCAAAAUUGGCCCCGCCUGGGGGGUCAUUGAUUUUCCCAAUAUGCAUAUAGUAAAAACUUAAAAAAUCUUCUUUUAAAGAACCGUAAGAGCUAGAGCUUAGAUAUUUGGCAUGAAACAUCUUCUAGUGAGUGUCUACCAAGUUUGUUCAAAUAAAAGCCCUGGGGUCAAAAUUGGCCCCCCUAAGGGGGUCAUUGAUUUUCCCUAUAUGCAUAUAGUAAAAACUUAAAAAAUCUUCUUUUAAAGAACCCAAAGAGCUAGAGCUAAGAUAUUUAGCAUGAAACAUCUUGUAAUGAGUGUCUACCAAGUUUGUUCAAAUAAAAGCCCUGGGGUCAAAAUUGGCCCCGCCCCAGGGGGUCAUUGAUUUUCCCUAUAUGCAUAAAGUAAAAACUUAAAAAUUCUUCUUUUAAAGAACUCAAUAAGCUAGAGCUAAGAUAUUUAGCAUGAAACAUGUUCUAAUGGGUGUCUACCAAGUAUGUUCAAAUAAAAGCCCUGGGGUCAAAACUGGCCCGCCCGGGGGGGGGGGGCAGUCAUUGAUUUUCCUUAUAUGUGUAUAGCAAAAACUUAAAAAUCUUCUUUGAAAAAACCCAAAUAGCUAGAGUUUAGAUAUUAAGCAUGAAACAUCUUUAAGUAAAUAUCUACAAAGUUUGUUCAAAUAAAAGCCCGCGGGUCAAAACUGGCCCUGCCCCAGGGCUGUCAUUGUUUUUAGCUCUAUGUAUCUUUUAAAAAACCCAAUGAGCUAGAACUUAGAUGUUUAGCAUGAAACAUCCUCUUAUGGGUGUCUACCAAGUCUGUUCAAAUAAACAAAUAAAAGCCCUUGGGUAAAAAUUGGCCCGGGGAGGGGGGGGGGGGGGCUAUAUACAGGUGAGCGACCUCAGGGCCAUCAUGGCCUCUUGUUUUUUUUAGCUCACCUGUGCAUUAAAAUAAGUGUCAAGUUGACACCCAUAAAAUUGCAUCAUGUUUGAUAAGUUUCAUGUUUUGCUUUCAUAUGUAAUGUACCCGUAUAUAUGUAAGAAUUGUAAUUACCAGUGUUCCAAGACUAGUUUAUGUACUUUCACAUUAUGCAAUGGCAAAACAAAUGUUUGUGUUGUUCACAUUGCCUUACUGAUAAGGUCAGCUGAAACUAUACAUUUUGUACAAUCAAGUUUUUUUCUUAAAAGCUUGUACCCGCUUCCAGCAAACAAACUUUGGUUCACAUGUAACUUAAAUUACACUUUUUGAUUAGGCAUAGCCAACCUAAUUGUAUUGCUGUCAGUGUUAUACUGUCAGUGUUUCUAUGGUGCUAGUUUGAUUAAUAGACCUUGGCCUGUACGUGCUCACAGAUUUUUUAGAAAUUACAUGCACUUUUUGUUGUGUGAAUGUGAUCUAAUUGAGAUAUUUUUUUAGAAAUGUUGGGUCAUUUUUAGCUCUAUUUUUCAAAGAAAAAGUCUAGAUAUCAUAGGUUGGUGGUCGUCUGCAUCAGUGUAUGCGUUGGUUAAAUUUUUCUAUGGUGUCCAUUACUCAAAAACUAUCAAAGGUAUUUACUUGGAAUAAAUGUUCAAAGAGGAACACAUACUCCUUUUUCGACUUAGAAAAUUCACUGAAUUUCAAGAAUUUGUCUCUUAUAGAACUAUUAUGAGAGAUAUUCUCUUCAGACUCGGAAUACUUCUUCACUAUGAACAUGGGAACACAUACCAGCAAGGGAGAUAAUCCUAAAAAUAUUUUGAUUUAAAGAGUUCUCUGGGUGAUGUGAUGUUGAUUUAUUUUAUCCGGAGUAACAAUAUCAGUCUCAAUGAUUGUGUAAAAUUAAAGCAGAUGUUGCAAAUUCUUGAUACUGCAAUAGGGUAAAUGAAAUUUGAUGGUGUUGUAUAUGAAACAUAGGGGCAAUUACACAAACUAGAAACAAAAUUGAGUGAAAAGGUAUAAUAAUACUAUUCCAAAUUGAAUCAAGGUAGCACCAGUAGGGGACGUGUGUUGUGAACAACACCAGUUACUUGUUUUAUUUUGUGUAUAAUUUAUUUUAUUGCACAAGUAAAGACUUGUUUAUUUUGUGUAUAAUUUAUUUUAUUGCACAAGUAAAGACUUGUUCAUUUUGUGUAUUAUUUAUUUUAUUGCACAAGUAAAGAUUUGUUCAUUUUGUGUAUUAUUUAUUUUAUUGCAGAUCUAGUCAAGAUUUAUUCAUUUUUUGUAUAAUUAAUUUUAUUGCAGAUCUAGUCAAGAUUUGUUCAUUUUGUGUAUUAUUUAUUUUAUUGCAGAUCUAGUCAAGAUUUGUUCAUUUUGAGUAUUAUUUAUUUUAUUGCACAAGUAAAGAUUUGUUCAUUUUGUGUAUUAUUUAUUUAUUGCAGAUCUAGUCAAGAUUUGUUCAUUUUGUGUAUUAUUUAUUUUAUUGCACAAGUAAAGAUUUGUUCAUUUUGUGUAUUAUUUAUUUUAUUGCAGAUCUAGUCAAGAUUUAUUCAUUUUGAGUAUUACAUGUAUUAAUUUUGUUGUGUAUCGAGUAAAAGUUGCUCAUUUUAGUUAAGUGUUAUACUAUCACACUGCAGUAGCAGUUGACAUUUUAUAAUUUAUGUUGAUUAAAAUCAUUAAACUUU